AUGGCGGCAGCGGCGGCGCAGCAACCGGUCUCUGCUCAAGUAGUCGGGAAUGCCUUUGUUCAACAGUACUAUCAUAUACUGCACCACUCGCCAGGGCUUGUUUGUCGGUUUUAUCAGGAUAUUAGUAGGCUUGGUCGUCCGGAGAAUGAUGGGUCCAUGAGCAUCACUACUACGAUGCAAGCUAUCAAUGAUAAGAUACUAUCGCUUAACUUCGGCGAAUUCAGGGCAGAGAUCAAAUCUGUGGAUGCACAAGAAUCUUAUAAUGGUGGAGUUCAUGUCCUUGUAACUGGGUAUCUGAUCGGAAAGGAUAACUUGAUACGCAAUUUUGCCCAGAGCUUCUUCCUUGCACCCCAGGACACAGGAUAUUUUGUGUUGACUGACAUAUUCCGAUAUGUGGACAAUAUCAAUCCAAAUGAUGGUAAUCAGGGCUCAGCUAAUUAUGUGGAGGAUCCUGUCACUCCAGAGCAAAAUGCUUGCCCCGUGGAAGAGAAUCAUGUAGCUGAGCAAGCUGCUGCACUGACAGACGAAGCCAAUGGGGGAGAAGUGUAUAAUCCCCCCGAGAAUGGAGAAGUAUCACCAAUGGAAGAGGAGGUGCCAGUGGCUGAAGUGGUUGAUGAAGUACAGGAUGAUUCCCAGGUGGUGGUUGAAUGUAGCACCAAAAUUGAAGAAGUGCCAAAGAAGUCUUAUGCCUCGAUUGUGAUGGAUUUGAAGGAGAGUAAUGUGGCCUUCUCAUUUCCAGCAUUGGCUCUUGGUAAAUCUCCACCAAAAGGCCAGGUGCAACAAGUGAACCCUGCCCCUCUAGCCUCAGCCGCUGAGACCCCAGUUUCCAGUUCAGAUGCUAUUUAUAGUGGGAAUGAUGGAGAAGCUGAUGGUUACUCAAUCUACACAAGGGGUCUGCCUAUGAAUGCCACACCUUUCUUACUUGAGAACGAGUUCAAGAGAUUUGGACCUAUUAAAAGUAAUGGCAUUCAAGUUAGAAACAAUAGACAAGGAUUUUGUUUUGGCUUUGUUGAGUUUGAGGUGGAAAGUGCGGUACAGAAGGCAAUUGAGGCUUCACCAAUUGCAAUUGGGGGAUUGCAAGCUGUUGUUGAGGAAAAGCGGUCUACUUCUCGAGGUAAUGGUAGGGGAAGGUUCCUCUCUGGAAGGGGUUUUGGAUUCAGGAAUGAAGGAGCUAGAGGGCGUGGAAACUACGGAGGUGGCAGAGGCUAUGGUCGAGGUGAUUUCACUAGCAGGAAUGACUUUGGUAACAGGAGUAGCAAUCCGAACCGUGGUGGUGAUGGAUAUCAGAGGGCUGACAACGUGGGGAGAAAUGGUGGCCGCACUAACCGUGCUGGUGGGGGAUCUGUGAAUGGAACUGCCAAAAAUAUGGCACCACGGGUAUCUGCUACUGCUUAG